AUGGACCUCUUUGGGCCCAAUGAUUCCUCGUGGGGGGCUGUCCUGUGCACUGGCGCCCUGCUCGCAUCCUGCACUUGGUCUGCCUCCUCCGAGCUGCCCUCGUCUGCGCCUCGGGACCCCUUGACUGAAGGAGCCAGUGCUCUGCCCGUCCCUGGAAGCCUCAAUGGCACUCUCACUGCCUCUUGGUUCCGAAAGCAGAGGCCAGAAGCCAUGAUCUUCUCCCCUGAUGGCCUCGCAGGGCCUGGCCACACUGCCCGGGAGAUGCUGGACACCCAAGGCAGCCUGGUCAUCAGGAGCGUGAUGGCUCACGACUCGGGCAGCUCCACUGUGGUGCUGGAAACGAGCCAGGGACGCAGGAGUGGGACGGAGCAGAUACGUGUCAAGGCCAAUAAGGAUGGUGUGGAAGUGGUUCCAGGCAGCGAGCAGAGCGUCACCCGGAGUGACCUCAGCUACUCGCUGGUCCUGCAGUGGGUGGCUUCCAAACCCGAGCCCCUGCUGCGCUGGACCCCCAACGGGGAGCCCCACGGGACCGGGGAGGAGCUGAUCAUCCAGAGGUUGUCCUGGGAACACCUGGGCACCUGUGUGUGCGCGGCCAGGAACAGCCAGGGACAGUAUUUCUCCGAGCCUGUGACCGUCUUGCUGCCGCGAUCCUGGAAUUCACAGUUCUCUCUCUCUGUCUCUCUGCAGACGGGCGCUCAGUGCUUCUCCAUCCGCGUGGAGACAGACACCAUCCCGUAG